AUGAUGAAGACUCCUCCCUCUGUAAGUCUCCGGGUCAAACGCAAAAAUGUACACCAAAUCAGAAGACAUCUCUGUGUGAACAGAGCCAACGGUCAAGACACCCAGGGUUCACUGUGGAAGAUCACACCAAGCCAGUGUGACGUGUAUCUUCCCAAAAAGACCAAGCAUCCAGCUACUGUCAUCCAGCGGCAGGAAAUGGCAUCGUACUUCAGACUUUUUGAUGAUGCCCUGAUUCAAGACUUUCUGAGGAUGGACUGUUGCUAUAUAAUGACGGACAAGUACCUCCUGGCCAUGACCUUUGUGUACUUCAAAAGGGCUCGCUUCACUAUUGCUGAGUACACCAGGAAGAAUUUUUUCAUUGCACUAUAUCUUGCCAACACCAUGGAGGAGGACGAGGAGGAGAGCAAGUAUGAAAUUUUUCCGUGGGCUCUGGGCAAGAACUGGAGGAAACAGUUUACCCGCUUCCUCAAAGAUCGAGACAAGCUGUGGGCGCGCAUCGAGUACAGAGCUGCUGUCAGCAAGCGCUGCUGUGAAGAGGUGAUGGCCAUUGUGUCCUCACACUUUGCGUGGCAGCGACAGCGGUCCCUUCACCACAGCGGUGCUCAGCGGCUGUACACAGAUCAAGACAACAUCCGUUUCCCUCGCGGGCCCUUAGCCUCCCCGCUCUCCUGUGCCCUCUGUACUCGUGGCAAGAAGUUACAUCGCAGUCCAGUUUCUUCUUCUACCUCCAGAGGAUCGUCUGUGCAGGCAUCACACAGCGCUUAUCCACAACCGUUCGUCUCUGCACUGAGUGUGGAGAUCACCCCACCCAAGGCUGCAGCCUCGCUCCGGAAGGCAGCGGAGAUUAAAAGCCAGCGACAUUAUUGCUGCUCUUGUUCUGAGGAGGUGCCUAGGGAUGAUGCUUCCUGCGAGUCCACAUAUGGCAUCUUCAUGGACUGGAUCAACGAGGAGUAG